CCGCAUUCGACGCCGGACCGUUUCUCUCCCGGAACCUUAUUGCCUCCGCUUGCGUUACCGGGCCGGGAACGGUGACGCGGCACUAUUGGCGGUGCACAAGCUGGCUGGCAGGCAGGAGGCGGCGCUACCGGUGCCGGGACAGGACGCAGGGUCGGGAGCGGUUGCGAGGACAUGGCGGAGACUAUUAUAAUUCGUGUCCAAUCACCCGAUGGAGUGAAACGCAUCACAGCAACAAAACGGGAAACUGCUGCAACGUUUUUGAAAAAGGUUGCAAAAGAAUUUGGCUUUAGAAAUAAUGGAUUUUCUGUGUACAUCAAUAGAAACAGGACUGGUGAGAUCACAUCAUCUCCCAAUAAGUCCCUCAACUUAUUAAAAAUCAAGCAUGGGGAUAUGCUGUUUCUCUUUCCCUCGAGUCCAGCUGGCUCUUCCUCUGAGAACAUGGAUACAUCAUCAAUGUCUCAAGGAGUUCGCCCUCUAGGUGUUCCCCAGGUGGUAGAAGAUGAAAUUGACCAGUACCUAAUAAAACAAGAUGGGAAGAUUUACAGGAACAAAGAUCAGCAACAAUGUCGACAUGGCCCGCUGGGCAAAUGUGUGCACUGUGUACCAUUAGAGCCUUUUGAUGAGGAUUAUUUAAACCAUCUGGAACCCCCUGUGAAGCAUAUGUCAUUCCAUGCCUACAUCAGGAAACUGACCGGAGGCGCAGACAAGGGGAAGUUUGUUGCCCUUGAAAACAUUAGCUGCAAGAUUAAAUCUGGGUGUGAGGGCCAUCCCCCGUGGCCAGAAGGCAUUUGCACUAAGUGCCAGCCAAGUGCCAUCACACUCAACAGGCAGAAAUACAGGCAUGUGGAUAACAUCAUGUUUGAGAACCAUACAAUUGCAGAUCGUUUCUUGGACUUCUGGAGAAAAACAGGAAACCAGCAUUUUGGGUACUUAUACGGGAAGUAUACAGAGCACAAGGACAUCCCUCUAGGUAUCCGAGCUGAGGUUGCUGCCAUUUAUGAACCUCCACAGAUUGGUACACAAAACAGCCUGGAACUCCUCGAAGACCCAAAGGCAGAGAUUGUGGAUGAGAUUGCGAACAAGCUGGGCCUGAGGAAGGUUGGCUGGAUAUUCACAGAUCUGGUCUCAGAGGAUACACGGAAGGGGACUGUCCGGUAUAGCCGGAACAAGGAUGCUUAUUUCUUAAGUGCAGAAGAGUGCAUCACAGCUGGGCAUUUUCAGAAUCAGCACCCAAACAUAUGCCGCCUGUCCCCAGAUGGUCACUUUGGAUCCAAGUUUUUCACUGUGGUGGCUACAGGUGGUCCUGACAACCAAGUCCACUUCGAGGGCUACCAGGUAUCCAACCAGUGCAUGGCUCUAGUACGUGACGAGUGCUUGUUGCCAUGCCGUGAUGCUCCAGAGCUCGGCUAUGCAAAGGAAUCCAGCAGUGAACAAUAUGUGCCUGAUGUGUUCUAUAAGGAUAUAGACAAGUUUGGCAAUGAGAUUACUCAGCUAGCUCGUCCACUCCCUGUGGAGUACCUAAUCAUAGAUAUUACUACUACGUUCCCCAAAGAUCCAGUUUACACAUUUUCUAUUUCUCAAAAUCCAUUCCCUAUUGAGAAUCGUGAUGUUCUGGGAGAAACUCAGGACUUCCACAGUCUGGCAACUUACUUGUCCCAGAACACUUCCUCGGUGUUCCUCGACAUCAUCUCCGAUUUCCAUCUGCUUCUCUUCUUGGUCACCAACGAAGUGAUGCCUUUAAGGGAUAGCAUCAGCUUGUUGCUGGAGGCAGUCAGAACUCGGAAUGAAGAGCUUGCACAGACUUGGAAGAAAUCUGAGCAAUGGGCCACCAUUGAACAGCUUUGCAGCACAGUUGGAGUUCAGGUUCCAGGACUCCCAGAAUACGGUGCCAUGGGUGGUUCGACACACGCCACAACCUCUGCCAUGUGGGGCUGCCAACACUGCACCUUCAUGAACCAGCCGGGCACAGAUCAUUGCGAGAUGUGCAGCCUCCCACGUAGCUAGGCCCCCUCUUGGCUUAGCAUUCGGGGCGGCCCUUACAGACCAACUGGCAGAAAUACAGAGGCAAACCCUUAGCCAGGCGGGGGACUGUUCUUCCUCCUGGGGUGAUGCCCCUUGAGGGUCGGGGCAGGUGGGGGUGGGGCGGGGAGUGACCCACGUCGUGGGCACUCGGUGCCAUCCAGCGGGUGACAGCUUGCAGGUGGAACUGGAUGUUUUAGGGGGAGGGAUACAGCAUAGCCCCUCUGCCUAGCGCUGCUGCCUUGUCUUUUCUUUGCUCUCAGUAUUGUAGAAAGCCAGCCAGUGGUCAUGUUUCCCUGGAGCUGCCGUCAAGCAGCCCCGUGGGGACAUGGCAAUGUGGUCAUGCUGCGCCCCCCUGUCCCCGUCAGCUUGCAUGCCACAAGCUUCCCCCAGCCUUAAGCCAGUCACAGUGGGGCUAGGCAGCUGUGUUGAAGGGGUCAGUUGGGUCCCCAGGCUAGCUUGCCUAAUGUUGCUCCCUUGACAUGCUUUUUGCAUUUAGCCCCAGAAUCGCUGGGUCCCUGGUGCCUGCAUCACUUCGGUCCAGCCUCUGAUUAGAGCUUCCAAAUUGAGUGACCUGCACUGGCAGAACAUACAGUUGCUUUGUAGCCCCCCGGGUUAAGUCCCAGACUGACUAUUUCAGCUAGAGAGGAAGAGGAGAGAACAGCCUUCUCAACUUGGUAGGGUGUCUACAGUUGUCCAGCUCAGCCACAAUGGCCACAGAUUUAAAGAGCUCUAGCAGCCGUCUCCUGGUGCUUCUCAGCUAGAGCUAGGUAACAGAGGGCCAUUCUUGCCCAAAUCAAGCAGUGGGGACCAGCUGGCUUCCCGAACUGGAAGCAGAUCGUAAUUUGGCAGCAUCAUCCUGGCUGUUUCAGGUUGGGCAGGCAGUUUGCAAGCAGUUUGCUUGCCCCAGAUUUCCAUAUGCUGUCAUCCCUUUGCAUUUAAAGCCGAUUCCUGGUCUUUGUAGCUGUGAGCAGGCAAACCUCACAAGUACCUUUCCUCGUGCCUGUUAGUGACUUAAAUAGCAUCCCAGCAGGGAAAGCUAAAUGGAACAUUUGUCGGCAUCUUGAAAGGAGCUUUGUCUUGCUGCAGCGCGAUCCAGGCAAAUUGCAGCCGAGGCGCUGGAAAUUCUCCUGCCUCCAGAACACUUACCUGCCUCCUCUUCCCAUGACCACAUUUUUAGCAACGCCCUCGAGUUCCUCAUGUCUUCUGAUGUGUGAGCUCCUCCAUUGCCACACAGAGAUGUGCUUUCAUUGUCCAAAAAUUCCCAGCAUCUCUGCCAGCAGUGUUAGGGCACAUUCGGUUCCUUCUGCACAGCAGUAUUUCUACAACUAAAUAGCCUGCUCAUCACCCAGGCAACUCCCAUCAGUUUUAUAGCAGAGAAGCAAGACAUUCAUGCCAUCCAUUGGGUUAUGGGAACAGAGGGCAUCCCGUAAUUUUUAUCUUGUUAGAUGCCCACCCCCGACAAAAUGUGCCUCCACCCGAACUACCAGUUUUCUUUAUGGGCCUAUAGGCCUGGCUCCCAGACAGCCGCCAUGAGUGAUGCAGUCUCUGCCUUUCCAUGGCUGGAAAUAGCUUGGGCUUUGUCCGUCAGGUGUUUGAACCAACAAUUCACCCGGCCCUUGUUAUUGCUGACAGGACGUGCUACUCUCUUCUUUCCUGGGUUUGUGUUUUGACUAGAUUCCUUGAGCUCACCGGGCUGUAGCUACUCUUGCUAUUCCUUUUCAUUCUAUGGGUUGCAGAGGUGUGUGUUUGGUUUGGACUGGAGUUGACUGAAUAACAGCCCUGCAAAUAAAAAAAUAUAUUAAAAGCAUCUGAAAUGGAAGCCUCCUGGUCUGUUAUUUUGCCCGCCUUGUCCUCUUGUGUUUGCUUUUCUUCCCAUCCGUUUUGAACUUGUGCUCUUAGGUUAACAGAGCUUUCCCCAGACAAGGCUUUGGAUAUUCUUCAGGGCCCUGCCCCAGUGAGAAUCCCCACUUCAAACCUUGUAGUCUUUGCCUGCCCAAAAUGCUUGCUAGGGACUUAGGCAACUGGAGGAGGGGAGCAAAAUGUGGCAUUUCAGCAGCCCUUCUGUUGAAGAUGGCGAAGCUUUGUCUAGAGAAAAACACAGUACAGUGGUACCUUGGUUGUCAAAUGUAAUCCGUUCCAGAAGUCAGUUCGACACCUGAAACUGUUCAAAAACCAAGGCGCAGCUUCCGAUUGGCUGCAGGAACUUCCUGCACUUAAGCAGAAGCCAUGCCAGAGGUUUGGCUUCCGGAAAAUUUUUGCAAACCGAAACACUCACUUCUUGGUUUGCGGCGUUUGGGAGAUGAUUUGUUCGGGAGCCAAGCCGUUUGACAACCAAGGUACCACUGUACUAGGCAAAGCUUUAGUAUCUCAUCUCCAUUUCUUCAGAGCUCUACCAAGCAAAGCAUAAAGUUUUCACUUAGGUGUUUAUAGUGUUGUUUUAGAUGAAGAGCUCACUUGAGUAGUCUAGGAGGGAGAAGCUUAGAAGGAUCUCGCUGAAAGUGCUUCGCAAGCCAGUCUCCCUUGUUUUGGCUUUGUUUCUGCCCAUACAACAAAGUGGCAGCAAAACAUUUUAAAUUUUAAAAGGGAUGGUUCUAUUGUAAAACACUCAAUAUUCCUCAGACUUGCAACUCAAAAUUUGUUAGGCUCCCUGAACCUUACAUGCAUGCUGCCCAACAUCAGUUUUCCUGGUUACAGCAGAAGCAGGUGAAUGAGUGAGUCACUUCUUCCAAGGUACAGUUUUGUUAACUGGCUUCAAGGAACAAUCUAGGCUUGCAGGAUUCUUGGGUUUUCAACUCUCAUUUGACCAUCUUUUUUUAGGAGUCAGGCUUUUAAUUUUGAAUGUUUACAAGGGGAGGUAGUGAGUUUGGGCUGAAAGUUGGAGUGGGCUAAUUUGGUACUAGCAGGGACUGUGAGCAGCUUUAAUGCUUAUUUUUCAGAGUGUGCAUUCUAAAGAGCCAGAUUUCUGGCUAUUCAAAGCUUACACAAUGGAAAUAAGAGUGCCCAAUACACACACCGAUUGGUAGGGAUCCCUUGCAGCCUCCAGCAUGGACAAUUGCACAUCAAGUUUGUUCGCAAAUUGCAAAGUGGCAACUUUCCAUAAUUCUGAAAAAUUGCACUAGCAAUGGGGUGUAAGGUUAGGUCCAGCUUAUGAAAUCCUUUUGAAGAUGAUAUGGACUUGGAAGCUGCUCAAUAUGAAGCUGAAAGAAUUCUAUAGGCAGCCAUGGGUUUUCUGGAUUUCUAUGAAGUGUCCCAACACUUUAUCCCUUCACCCGAAGCCCAUUAGCUUUUGAAAGUUGCCUUCCUUGUACACAUGUCAACUGGCUUUGAAGAAAACUCCCCUGUUUCCAUACAUGCACUAAAUCCCCCUCCAGCAAGAUACUGGAUUCCUGCUUUUGCCCUAGCCAGUUUGCAGUGCCAGCUUCCUAGGAAAAUUGUGACCUGGCCCUGUCCAAAUUUUAGGUUCUUAGAUGGGAAAGGGUCUUAAUGCUGACAGAGCCCUAGCAAUAAAUGAUGUUGCCGCCCUCAAAGACUCUCACUUGGCAGAAAAGGAAAUGACAUGGAAAUGAGCUGACGAUUUCUGUUCCAUAAAGGAAGGCCAGCAUUCAAGAUGACAGCUGAAUUCUGGGAUAUCCACCAAAGCAUUGACUAAAUCAAUUCUUGGAGCUGGAGAGAACUUGAGGCAGGUAGAAAACCCACAUAUUGGCACUUCACAGCUCCUAUGAAGACCCACCAUACCCUGAGUGAAAGAGAUGAAGUUUAAAAGAGAGGUCAGAGCCUCUUCCAAGUAAUAUUUCACUCCAUCCAAAAGAAAGCAAGUUCUGGGAGGGGUUCCUGCCUCUGCCUUCGCAUCAACAGUGACCUUGGGCUCCCAAAUCCUACGUGUGCAGUGGGAUUGGAUUGCAAACUCACUGAAGCUCCGUAACAAACCAAAGGCAGUUCAGUUGGGAAGGAGAGACCUCUCUUACCCUCUUUCUCCACGUGUCUGUGUCCUGACUUG